GCGGUACUCCGCUAAACCGCGCUUUUUGAUUUUCUUUAUCCUUUCCUCUGUUUGUUUGAAAGAGAAAAAAGCAGCACAUUGAAAGUGAAGAAAAAAAUUCUCUUGCAUUUCUAUUUCCCUCUUACACCUCUACUCUAGUUACUCUUUUCUCACAAUCCACACUUUUUUUAUCACCAAAACCCUUAAUUUUAGGAGGUGAAUUUUGCUCCACACUUGCUCAGAUCGUUUUGAUUUUCCAUUUUCAAGUCGGCUUGUACGUUUUCCGAACUCAAGAUUUCUCGAUUUGGUAUCAGAGCGGUUCUACCGCACUUCCACAAAAUUUGGGUGUGCGGUGUUAGUUCUGAGGCAUCAUCAAGAAAUUUCUGCUGGGCUUUCUUUUCCAUCAUGACUGGUGAUUCAAAGGCAAGUAUUCCUGAUGGCAAUGCCAAUAUACAGCAUGCUCCGGAAAGAUCUUACCAAGUUGUUGUGGCUGCAACUGGUGAUAUGGGCAUUGGAAAGGAUGGGAAGCUACCGUGGAAAUUGCCUUCUGACCUCAAAUUUUUCAAGGAUAUUACUCUUACUACUUUUGAUUCUGGGAAAAAGAAUGCUGUUAUAAUGGGUAGAAAAACAUGGGAAAGUAUUCCACCUGAGUAUCGCCCUCUGUGUGGUCGACUUAAUGUUGUUCUGACCCGAUCUCGGAGUUUUGAUAUUGCUACUGCUGAGAAUGUUCUGAUGUGUGGAAGCCUGAGUUCUGCUUUGGAAUUAUUGGCUGCAUCACCAUAUUGUCUGUCAAUUGAGAAAGUCUUUGUAAUAGGAGGUGGCCAAAUAUUAAGGGAAGCUCUGAAUGCUCCUGGAUGUGAUGCUAUCCACAUUACAGAAAUUGAGACAAAGAUCAAUUGUGAUACUUUUAUCCCUAAAAUUGAUUCCUCUCUCUUUCAACCUUGGUACUCAUCCUUCCCAAUGGUGGAAAACAACAUACGAUAUUGCUUUGCUACUUAUGUUCGAGUGAGGAGUUUUGCAGUUGAACCCCAUAGUCAAAACAAUGGUCUGAACUCUGAUAGUGGUUCAGAAAACAGUAAGUUCAAGGUAAAGGAAUUCUCUUUCCUUCCUAAAAAGAUUUUUGAGAGACAUGAGGAGUUCUUGUAUCUUAGACUUGUUCAAGACAUCAUCUCAAGUGGCAAUUUGAAGGAUGACAGAACUGGAACUGGUACUUUAUCAAAAUUUGGCUGCCAGAUGCGGUUCAAUCUUCGCAAAACUUUUCCCCUGCUUACGACAAAGAAAGUAUUUUGGCGAGGGGUUGUUGAAGAACUUUUAUGGUUCAUUAGCGGUUCAACUAAUGCCAAGGUCCUUCAGGAAAAGAGCAUUCAUAUAUGGGAUGGCAAUGCAUCCAGAGAGUACCUCGAUAGUGUUGGGUUGAAGGACAGAGAGGAGGCUGACUUAGGACCUAUUUAUGGAUUCCAAUGGAGGCACUUUGGAGCUAGGUAUAUUGACAUGCAUGCUGACUACACUGGCCAAGGAUUUGAUCAGUUGUUGGAUGUUAUUGACAAGAUUAAGAAUAAUCCAGAUGAUCGUCGAAUUAUACUUUCAGCUUGGAAUCCUUCUGAUCUCAAAUUGAUGGCACUUCCUCCUUGCCAUAUGUUUGCUCAAUUCUAUAUAGCCCAUGGGGAGUUAUCUUGUCAAAUGUAUCAACGAUCUGCUGAUAUGGGCCUGGGUGUGCCAUUCAAUGUCGCAUCUUAUGCCCUCUUGACAUGCAUGAUUGCUCAUGUUUGUAAUCUUGUUCCGGGUGAUUUUGUUCAUGUGUUUGGGGAUGCUCAUGUUUAUUGCACUCAUAUCAGGCCUCUCCAGGAGCAGCUUCAAAAACUGCCCAAACCAUUUCCAAUUUUGAAGAUUAAUCCUGAGAAGAAGAACAUAGAUUCUUUUGUGGCAGCCGAUUUCACAUUAAUUGGUUAUGAUCCUCACCGCAAAAUUGAAAUGAAAAUGGCAGUAUAAAGUUUCUUGAAAGGUUCAGUGAACUCAGACUCUGGUUGGUCCUGGGCAAAUUGGUUGUAGUUUUGAGGCAGGCUCAAGUAUUGAAGGCUUACCUUGCUUGAGUGUGAACAAGUGAAAUACAAAUUUGCUAGUUGAAUAUAUCUAUGUAGCGAGAAUCCUUUAGUUCUGUGAUUUAGGAUGUCUGAAUUUGUUGCUCUACGAGCUUAGUUUUCCUUUAUUUACUUGGGAAAUAUAGCUUUAUUACCAGAAAUACUAAUAACAUUGCUUUUGGAAUGAAUUGGAUUUGGACUGUUCAAUUAGUGAC